UUUUUAUUUUUUUUCCACUCUCUGCUUUCUCUCUUCGAUCCGUGAAGGUGUUCCGUGGUAUGGUGUGAAUAAAAAUUGGAAUAUCUCAUAAUUUCCAGUGUCCCGUGCCGUGAAAAUCCGAUCAAUCGACAGCCCAUACGCCAGAGUAUCGGAAAAGUGUGCGGAACCAACAUCGAAGAGGUUUUACUACAUAACUAGCAGAGAGAAAGACAGAGACAGGCAGUUAGCGUAUAAGCAAAUAGGAAGGAAGAAAAGAGAGCACCAGAUCGAGAGUUUUGCAGACGACGACGACGACGACGAGCCCCACAGCAAAGCAGAGUCCCAUUUUAUAUCGAUUGCGCACAAGUCACAGCUUAGCAUAAAACUAUCCCGAAAGCAGCAGCAGCAGCCAUUUUUGCCACAGUACCUGGUUUAGUAAACGAAACAAACGACCAAUAAAAUGCAGUUCCAAGGCACAGCACAACCGCACCAGGGUGGCUUCCGCGGACCGCGUCCGGAAAAGAACGACUUUUACGUCGGCCAGCCGGGCACCAAGCCGCCGCACUUCAUGAACAAGCAGGGCCCUCCCUCGAUUCCGCCGUUCAACGCGAACGCGUUCGGUGGACCGAAGCCGAUGUACCAGCAGAAUGCGAUCAACGGUGUCGGACCGGGUGGAUUUAACAAGUUCGGCGGUGGCGGCAACCGUGCUUUCGGCGGCCAGCCGGGAACCAUGCCCAAGAAGGACUUUGGUGGACCGAAGAUGUACGGACCGGGUGGCAGCAAGCCGUACGGCGACGACAAGCCGUUCGACACGUUCGGCGGCCCCAAGAAGUACCCGACCUCGAACCCGGGAAUGGGUGGCGGCUACGGCAUGGGCAAUCGCAACGGCUAUGGCGGUAUGCGCUCGGACUACAACGGGUUCAACAAGGACGACCGGGCGAAGAUCCAGUCGCUGAAGGCCAAGUACCCGGGCCAGAACCUGAUGAAGCCGAUGUGGGAAAAUCUGGAACCGUUCCAGAAGGAUUUCUACGUGCCGCACCCGAGCGUGAUGGGCCGGGCGGCCGAGGAGGUGCAGACGUUCCGCGAGCAGAUGCAGAUCACGGUCAUGGGCAACAACGUGCCGCACCCGUGCCAGAACUUUGAGGAGGGCAACUUCCCGGAGUACGUGAUGACGGAGAUCAAGAAGCAGGGUUUCCCGCGCCCCACCGCCAUCCAGUCGCAGGGCUGGCCGAUUGCGCUGAGUGGCCGCGACAUGGUGGGCAUUGCGCAGACCGGUUCGGGCAAAACGCUCGCCUACAUGCUGCCCGGCUUGGUGCACAUCUCGCACCAGAAGCCGCUCAGCCGCGGCGAGGGACCGAUCGUGCUGGUGCUUGCACCAACGCGUGAGCUUGCGCAGCAGAUCCAAACCGUGGUGCGGGACUUUGGCAACCAUUCGAAGCCCAACAUUCGCUACACGUGCGUGUUUGGCGGAGCACUGAAGGGACCGCAGGUGCGUGAUUUGGAGCGCGGUGUUGAGGUAGUGAUUGCUACGCCCGGUCGUCUGAUUGAUUUCCUCGAGCGUGGCAUCACCAAUCUGCGCCGCUGCACAUACCUCGUGCUGGAUGAGGCCGACCGGAUGCUGGACAUGGGCUUCGAGCCGCAGAUCCGCAAGAUCGUGGAACAGAUUCGCCCGGACCGGCAGGUGCUGAUGUGGUCCGCCACCUGGCCGAAGGAGGUACAGACGCUGGCGGAAGACUUCCUGCGCGAUUACAUCCAGAUCAACAUCGGCUCGCUCAGCCUGGCCGCGAACCACAACAUCCACCAGAUCGUGGACGUGUGCGAGGAGAACGAGAAGGAGGGCAAGCUGCUGAAGCUGCUGAAGGAAAUCGCCACCUCGGAUGCGACGAACAAGAUCAUCAUCUUCGUCGAGACGAAGAAGAAGGUGGACGAUCUGCUGAAGAACAUUGUUCGGGACGGAUACGGGGCUACGUCGAUCCACGGUGACAAGAGCCAGACGGAGCGUGACUACGUGCUGCAGGACUUCCGGCACGGCAAGAGCACCAUCUUGGUGGCGACCGACGUCGCGGCCCGCGGGCUCGACGUGGAGGACGUCAAGUACGUGAUCAACUUUGACUAUCCGAACUCGUCGGAGGACUACAUCCAUCGUAUUGGGCGCACGGGACGCUGCUCGCAGUACGGCACUGCGUACACCUUCUUCACACCAAACAACGGACGCCAGGCGCGAGAGCUGCUCUCCGUGCUGGAGGAGGCCGGCCAGCAGCCGACGGUGGAGCUGGUCGAGAUGGCGAAGCAGGCACCGGGCGGCAAGGGCGGGCGACUACGCUACUCGACGCAGACCGGCUACCGAGGCAGCAGCGGCAUGGGCAGCUACCAGCGCCGGCCGCCGUUCAACGGUGGCGGUGGAUUCGGCGGCCCGCCCAAGUACGGCGGUGGCAUGCAGGGCGGCAUGAUGGGCGGUAUGCAGAACAAGUUCGGUGGCGGCGGUAUGCAGAACAAGUUCCGCGAUAACGGCAUGUACCGCGGGGAGAACAACUGGAACAAGGGUCCGAAUGGGCCGGCAAUGAUGGGCGGCCCGGGUGGCUACCAGUCCCACUCGCCGCAGUCGCCGCAGGCGGCCGCGGUCGCGUCCGGCCCGCAGAUGUACGAAGCGCAGCAGGCGCAGCUCCGCGCUGCCUACCACCCGAAGAACAUCUACCCGGGCCAGUUCGAUGAUUACACGGCGCUGUUUGCGGGCGGUGCGACCGCGGCCGCCCCGGGCGGCGGCAUGCGCUACUACCAGAACAAGGCACACCAGGGCGGUCCGGGAGCGAUGCAGCCCGGCUCGCAGCCCGGCGGCCGGUACAACCCGAACGGCGGCCAGUUCAACAUGGACGGCACGCCGAAGCCGCAAAACGGUCGCGGCACCUACCCGCCGAAGCAGUACAACAACAGCUACGCGGCCGGACCGGCCAACCCCAGCCAUCAGUAUCCGCAGCUGGCUGCGGCCGCUGCCGCGGCUGCCGCUGGGCAAACCAUUCCAACGGGUGCGCCGGCCGGAUUCACCGGAUUCGAUCCGACCGGGGGGCUGCAGUACCAGGCUUCGUACCCGAUAACGGCGGCCACCGCCACCUACUAUCCGUACCCGGCGGCUACCGCUCCACCGCCACCACCGCAGGCCCAGGCGGCCCCAGUCGUGCCGCCAGUCCAGCAGUAAGCUGCUGCUGCUGCUGCCACCACACGCGUAACACCCUUCACGCAACAACAAGCACGAUCGGAGAGAGAAAGCAAGGUUAGUUUUUAGCAUCUUCCCUUAUUUAUCCAACCAUUUCUAAAUAGUACGUAGAAAAUCGAGCGGCUCGCGCGAGGCCGCAGCAACCGCAACACAUACAUGUUGAAUGUUUCGGUUUUUCGGUUUAGUAUCAGACGCGAAGAGGGCGAAGAAACUGUCGCGCGCGGUUAGGAGCAUAGAUUGGCCCACCCACACGUCCGCCCAGAAAGUAGGUGGGACAUUUUUGACACACUUCCACCCAGGUAACGAAACGGAACAUGAUUAAUCUUCUCUACUGUUUAUUUUCCCUUAAUCACACACCAUAUCGGAAGAUACGAAACUUGCGUUGCCGAAACGUCUGAUCGCAGGAACAGAUUACUAUUAUUAACACUAUAUAACCUUUUUGCAAACGAUUGUAUGAGGAGCUAUUGGAAGAUGAUGAGAUACACAUUUGACUCGUGUACGCACGCGCUGCAACCAAGGAUUGAAUAGGGCCGCCAAGCAGAGCGAAGAAAGAUGAUAGGGCUUUGUGGAAGCGAGCAGAGCGGCGCACACACUGUAAGAGUGAACGGAAAAGCAGCAGCGAUCGCGGAGCGAGUAUAUACGAUAUACAAUUAGUUUUGAAUUUUUGCGUUUAUUCUUUCCUUAUUACAAGCAAAUAUAAUAAUCCUUAGAUGUAAUGAAACCAUACGAACGCCUGGUACACACGUGCGUAGGGCAAGCGUGCCCACCCGUACAACUACGCGGUUUGUUCGGCGUGGAGCAGGAACACUGUCAGACGCUGGCUCGUGGCUCGCGGCUGCUGCUCUGAUACACGUCGAACAUUCCGGUAGCUUUAGCAAGCAACUUUGUUAAACGAACGCUCAUUCGAAUUUCUACGAAUCACAUCCACACCGGUGCGUGGUGGGAUGGAAUUGUUGUCACACAAAGAACGAGGGAAAGAUAAGACUUCCAAGACAGGUGAACUCUCUAAUCCUAAAGCUGAUUGUUGAAGUGGAGAAAAGCAUUUUAGCAGAAAUGGGUGUUGGAAUGGAAAGUUCAAUCAUUCCCUUGCUUUUACUCUCUGGCUGCAUCGGGGGAGAGGAAAUGCUUAAAGUUUUUCCCUCGAAUCGCAAUUCUUAUUAUGCGCAGCGAGUUACUGGAAGACCAUUUUAUUUUAAAUCGAAACUGUAACGGAAAUCAAUUCGGACAUUGAACGCAGAUGCAGAAUUGUUCUAUUUUUCUGGUCUUUCGACAAUCGUUUGGUGUAUAUUAUAGCCAUUCCCAUUUCUGUACGCAGCCCGCAGUUACUACAUCAGAGGAAAACAGAACUGAAUCUCUUGAACCGUUAGUUUCGUGGUUAAUAAAUUGUUAACCAAAUGCCACAAUAAUACAGCGCAAUACGGCAAUUUGAAGGAUCAUAAUGUGACAAAUGGCAGGGAAGCACAUUAAUUUGGUUAGGUGAAAAGAGAUGGCGAGCCACAUUAGUUGCAAAAACUAGGGAAACAGCACAUCAGGCAGCACAGUUCAUUAUUAACAGAUGUACUGGUGUGAUACCUGGUGGAGUUGUGGAAACAGCAGCGAGUGAAACUGUGUUUGCAUUCUCCUGGGAAAUGUGUGGUUAUCAAAGCGUUUUUUUUUUUUGACAACCAAAGAAACAAUUUAAAUUACAACAUUUCCUAAUCAAACCCUUGUUAAACCACAGGUCAACCCCACCUCCCUCCCGCAAUAGUUAACCAGAUACAUUCCCUUACACUCCGACAAAGAAGUUGGCAUCGCCGCCUAGUAACAAAACACAUAUUCUACCUUCCAGUCAAGUACGUACCUGUAACGAAAAUGAUAGCUGGAUCGCUAAAGAAACCCUGCAAUAAUAUGCUGUUGCGUUGAUAUUGCGUACGAAAUCAGCAUAUGGGGAUGAUCCUACAUACACAAGGAAGAGGGAAUAUCCAAGGAAACCCAAAACGAGCAUGAUUAGAUAAACUGUACUUUUACGUUCUAUUGAUUGUUGAUAGAGUAACUAUUUUCUAAAAUCGGGCCGGACACACACAAGUAUUACACAAAGCGUACGUCCAUGUGCGCCUGUGUUACAGGUUCUCAUUUACAACGUAUUUGAAAAGAGGUCCCAUCAACUACGUUUGAACGGACAAACACACACACGCUUCUUAGCGACGCUUUCAAAGCCUCUCGCACAUUACUAUCUAGUCAGAACGAACGAACAGGAAUCCCCUGAAUGAAGGGCAUAGGUUCUUAAGCGCGGUUCUCGCUCCGUAUAGCAAGAGCUAAUGCACCAAACGCGAGUGCAUACGAAUUUUGCGCCCUGGUGUGUGCCGGACACCGCACGAACCUGUGAGGAACCUCUGGGAUCUUCCAAUGUUCUAGCAUGAAAAGGGCGGGGAGUCACCCCCGUCACUGCAAACAAAAUGCCUUCUGUAAACUGUGAUCGAAUCUCUCGUGUUCCUUAUUCAAUGCUACUCUUUCCGGACGAGCGCAGGACGACCCCAGGGACUUUUUGCUCACGGAGGCCAAAGUAAUAAAAAUGUAUGCUGUGUGAGAGCGAAACACAUGGACACACGCACACAUGGCGAGCAAAAAAUUGCGUAAAAGAAAAAUCUAUUCUGCUUUUUAGUAUUUGCUUUGAUCAAUGUACUGAUUCUGUUCAAAUGGCCAAAGGAAUUUCCAUUUUGUGCAGUUCUUAUUGAUGUUUAUACAAGUAUGCAAAAGAGACAAAUGUUGGAAAGUUGUGAAACUUUGAGCGCUCUACUGUAUUUAGCCAUUUAGUUGUAAAACAUCUUUUCUUUAAAGUAUUCCAGCGGCCUGUGAGCUAAACGUGUGUGUGUGUGUGUAGAUCGAAACAAACAUGUCCAGCAUAAAUUGCAACAUAUUUUCCCGGACUGAGCAGAGAAACUCGGGAAAAGGAUGGACAAUUUAGAGAGCGCGAGAGAGCGUUGGCGCACGUUGUUCUGUCAAGGCAGAUCACCGGCAGACUGAAGCGAUUCGAAUACGCACUCUUUUUUAAGUAUACAAUGUGUAGGCUACAAUCCUAAUACGAAUGAACCCACCAACCCUUUGAUGCAGACGACGAUAGCAAAAACAAAAACACACACUGCAUUAAAAGCAACAUUCUCUUGCAUCGGGCACAACCGUAACAGUUGCUGUCUCUUUACUGUCGGAGUAUGUAGAACAGCCGUUUUUGGCGACCUUUUGUGCAAAAAGCUGAAAUAGUAGAAGCACAAGAAAGUCAUCCGUCAACAAAACGGAGGAAGAACCGUGUAAUAUGAGCGGACACAACAAUCUACACCGGCUAGAGCGUGCACUGGGAAGAGACUGAAUGCAUUGUAAGCAAAGUACAGUGUAGUAACAACAGCUAGAAAGCGUAGAAGCUAAAUUAAUUUUUAUUUUUUCUUCCCCGUUGUCUGCGCGAUGGGAGACGUUCACUUACGACACUUGGCAAAACGAAAUGCAUCAACCUCUAUCGGGGGUAGCAGCAGCUUGCUUGCCACUUUAAAAUAGUAAUGUAUGCUCGCCUCUCUUUUGGGAAAACGAGGAAAAAUGAUUAAACACACCAAGGCUAGAUUACGGGGCGGUUCUUAUUGUGUUUGUGUUAAACGUUAUGCAAACACACUUGGUUGAGGAAAUGAAAAAGAAAAACAGGGCCCCUAAAUAAUGAUCCACUCUGCCGUAAGAUUGUCGCUGUAGGAAGAAAAUCCAGCGUUACUAUUUGCAUACACUACUUCGUACAGUCGGGAAAAGAUCAGAUCUCUUUGAACUUGCCACAAACAGAGAACGUCUGUUGUAGAACAACACGAGACGGUGUUGCGUUUUGUGUACCAGUAUUUAUUUUCUACACAAACGCAUCGAACCCUUUUGGCUUGGUUUGGUUUAUAAUUUUCCAACAAGAGCAAAACACUUUCAAACGAAUGCGUUUAAUGUUGGAAAAAUGACGCAUAAAAACGCGGGAACCCUUACACGAAGAAUGCUUGAUUAAAUCUCCUAAAACAUGAAGCUUAGAGUGUAAUAUCUCAACCACAGGUAUUAGUAAUUGUCGCAACAAGUCGAAGCAUUGUGACAUGCUCGGAGAGGAAGAUAGGUAACAGGAAACAUUAGACAUUGAAGAAAAUUAGCCUGUUCGAUGAUAAUUUCAACAGCUCGUCGAAAUGUUACACAAACGAAGAGCAGCAACAUACUACAGCAAAGUAAGUUUAUUGAAAUUACUGAAUGUGUAACAACUGGAACAUAGAGUUUAAAAAUGCAACGGUCAAACAAUCCAACUGAAAGAGCGAAACAGAACGAACAAGCAAACACAUUCGAAGAGAGUAGAAUGAACAAGUCGUUUGAUAAAUUUGUAAAACCCUACUACAUGUGUAACGUGCAUAAUUUGCUUAACCUUAUCUACCAACUAAGUAAGUGUGUUUGUGUAUGUGUGUGCGUGCUAUGAAGAAACGCAGCGUUAAUUAGGCAACUCUAAAGAGAAAAGGUUAAACCCCGCAGCAAAGAUUGCAACGUGAAUGAUAUAUUUUCCAACACAACACAACUGGAAGGCAGGUCAAUGUUUAAAAAAAAGCUGGAAUGUAAAGGGUUUUCUUUUGGCUCAUUUGGCUGAAGCGCACACACUUUCACGUUUAAAGAGACAAUUUACUGGUAACCUAUUGUACUAUUAAACGAGGUGUGGACCGCUUGUGACCGAGCUAAUGAUUAGUGUAUCGUUCCACACUCUCUCUAAAACUCGUUGGUAUUUGGGUAAAAAUGGAAUAUAAUCAAUAAAACACGUUGCGGCCAAUUGCUAAUUGAAAGCGAAGAUAACAAAAACGGCAACCACGAAAUAUUAAUGUCCUAGCUGCAACCAGCUAUCUAGCGUUAUAAUAAUAUAUGAUGUCUUUAAUGGAUUAAUCGAACAUGCGUCAAAGUUUACACAACAAAACACACUUUUUCUGCAAUCAAACGGAACCAAAUGAUUUUCAUCAUUGCUAUUAUGAACUUUUAAAAGCAUCGACGAUCGCGCAUGUGUAAGAACGAUCAUGAGCAUAGGAGAAAAGAGAAAUACUACCCAAAUGAACAGAACGGAAUAUUGAGAGCAAUCGAUUCUCUACGGCAAAAACAGUUGUCACUCAGUUUGGAACGGAACGGAAAACGAAACAUCAGUUCUGAUCGAAUGGCAGCUUUGUAACCGAAUGAUGUGUUGUGUAUAACCGAUGAGACGAUUUUUUGUAUUCGGUGCAGUGCGUCUAAUCACAAAAGGGACAGCAAAAAAAGACCUUCCGACAAGCGCGCCACCACCACUCACAUCCAUAUUAUUUUCUAUUGUUUUACAUCUCUACCACACCGAUUAUUGCACACACAGCAUGCGUAAAGUUAAGGGGUUGUUUUUAAUAGGAUAGGUUUUAAGUUUUUUUCUGAAUUUUAGAAGCGAUCAUUCAACAUUAAACGAACUGGUGGACAGAUAGACUCAUUGCUGGGUCCGAAAAAGCAUGGUUCAGAAUAAUGAGUCUCACAAUUUGAAACCAACACUAACGAGGAAAAUAGCAAAAGUUGUCGUACAGAGAGUUCUGUCCUCAAGAAUUUCAUCAAAACUACUACUACUGAUCAAAGCUGAAAGAAAACGACAUAAUUCUUCAUGUGAUAUAGAGAAAAAAGAUGUAAAAACAAUGCGCUCUCGUCGCAGUGCAAGAAAGUUUAGUCAACUAUUAGAAACCCCUACGGAAAUUACAGAAAUGGCACGACAUAUGGGCACUAUUAAUUUUGUAACCCAUUAUAUUGGUACACAGUUAGAGGAAAACGUCAUUGUCUCAUUUGUUGUUUGUAUCGUAAAAGCGCGUAAUUCAAACCGGAAAGUCUCGUUGAUUUAGCUUGAACACACACACUCACGCACUAGAGAAAAAUGAAAGCGUAGGGAAAAGAGAAAAACAACAAACGUUAGGACACGUUCGGGAAGCUGCAAAAGAGUGACGAACGCUGCAGAAAGAUAAUUGAUAAGCGGCGCAGAUUUGCCCUUUUCAACACUUACAUCAAUAAUGAGUGUGGUGGCUGUGUGUAUGUAUGUCUAUGCUCUGCCGGGCGAAAAGAAGAGCGAGGGCGCAGAAAAAAAGGUAGUGAAAUAAGAUGUAUUUUGCAUGAGUAACAAAAAGCGUAAGAUAUCGCCAAUAAUACAUUUAGCAAAGGGAAAGGCAAAAAAACCCAUUCUGUUGAUGGACGAACGCAACCGACAGAAAACGACCUUUUUUGCUUUUCGGUGUCUCUGAAAUCAAGAAGCAAACAGCGAUCAAAGAGUUUUCACAAAAAAAACCAGACGAAAAAUGCAUAAGAGCAAAACACAACUAAUUACAAUUGCUUGAAUCUAAUCUGAAAGCGUACGAGCAAAUGAAAAAGACGAAACAUGUAGCCGAAAUAUGAUUGCAAAACCGUUAAAAACAUGUUUGUGCGCUUUUAAAGAGGCGUCUAAGUCUAAAAAUCCUAAGUGAAACAUUAAUAGUACGGAACACGCGCGCGCGCGCGAAUACAAUUUAAUGAUUUGCUUGCGUGCCUAAGAAUGGAACGAUGUUGUUAUAGUUCCAUAGAAAAAAUACACGCAACUGCAACGGGGAAAACGUGAUAAAACGUGGUCGGGAAUGUAAUAGAAGCAAUUCUCUCACACAAAGUAAGUUGCAUCUUAUUGAUUGAUCUCAAUUGGUUUAGACAAGAAAAGAGGGGGGGAGGGAAAGCAAAGGAUAACGAAAACACAUUAAGUCUGACUGCAUUUCUCGAUCGUUCCCGGAGAAAACAUGUGAUAAUAUGUGCAAGUAAAAAUGGGAAUACUGUUGAAUUUAGAAUUCUACUCCCGUUCGAAAGACGCCCACAGUAAAUUGACAUGAUAAAGUCUAUACCAAAAGUACCUUCCCCCUCGCUCAAGAUUCAUUGGUCGGUGGUGACCUGCCUACCCCCAACCGAUCACCAUUCAUCAAAGCACAUGCUGCAGCAAACAUCAAGUAGCAAACAACAACCAUGAUCAAUUUCACUGAUCAUGGUUUUAUAAAAGAGAAAGCAUCGAAAUUGUUAAAACAGGGAAGAGUUACAACGUUGUAUUAGCAGCAGAGGGAACCUGAAUGAAACUCUGCUAUAUACACACACACACACACACACACAUCAAUAUUGUAAUCAAUUUCAGACAAACUCUCUGAGAGAAGAAAAAUGCUCUGUGUUUUAUAGCGCCCAAGGGUUACAAGAUGAUGCACCUUUGCCGCAUAAACACGCAUUACGCACCAGCGCAUGCCCCAGCAGCACACACGGUGUGUCGUGUGUCGGCCAAAGGUGGCGCAUGCUGAUGCAGUUGAACCGCGCGUUCGCGCGGAAUAUGUAUGUGGGAUUGUGCGCGCGAGCCCCAAGAAAGAUGAAAGCUGUUCCGUGUUGUUUUUUGUUCCACUGGCCCAGGGUAUUAUUGAACACAAAUGAAAAAAAUACAAAUAUAUUUUUGUGAAAACACUAGAACGCUGAAUGUGAACGCGCUCGAGAGGCGAGAAAAAAAUGUACCAUUGUGAUAUUUUAUAUUUAAAGUUAAUAUGUAAAAACACAUCAGUAAAACACAGACAAAAACACAACCACACAUACACUCACGACUACUAAACAUGCAUGUACACCGAAGCAACAACAACAACAACAUCAACAAGAAAAAGUGGGAAACAAGGGGGACAAUUCCUAGAAAACGUGAAACAGAGACGAGUAAGAACAACGUGAAAACCAUUAUUGCUAUUGCUUAAAUGCAAUCCGUUUUCGCUCGAUGGUCUCGAAAAAGGAGGGAAAAUUAGGGAAAAAAAACAGAAAGAAGCCCGAUACGCUUACAGUUGAGGAAAGAGCAGGCAAACACAGCCCAUGCUUCCAAAAGCUCCAAACACGAAUGGAUUAGGAUCUCAGCCGAUAUAAUACCUUACACCAGAAGAAGGACAGGUCAGGCCAAAGAAGCCAACAACACAGCCUGCAUCCCGCAAGGAUUGGGUUGGGUGGUAGUAAAAAGUGUGGUGUAUGUUUUGAACUGGAUAGAAGGUCACCAGCCAAAAGAAAACACACGACGACGCAAGACAGAAUAACCUCAAUGCGCGCAACUGUGGUUGCGCAAACUGAUCGUCUUGAUACGCGACGUGUGUUGGACAACCUGGACACACAGACAUUCGUUGUUGUAAUAUUUUGUAGUAUUUUUUCUGCUGCCCGUUUUUGAGCAAAACAAAGAAAUAACAAAACCCUCACCCCCACUCCCUUUCACGAGACAACAAAAGUAAAAACGAACACGUGGUCGGUCGCGAUCACGUGUUUCUUUAAAGAAGUAAUGUGUUACCUUCCUGUCUAGUGGAGUGAAUUUCUUUCUCGUACAACAGCAACAAGAAAAAACAAAUCAACAAACGUUAUUAAAAAUCAAUUGCAAAAUUCUACAAUCGAUCGAUGAAAUAACGCGAAGGUUUAUGCUUCACUGAAGACGAUUAGCAAAGGGAGAAAAUGCCGGGAAAACAAAAAAUAAUCCAAUCAACCACAUACCAACAGAAAAAAAAAUCGAAAUAGAAGCAACAGAAAUUAUAUACAAUUACACUGCAGAUGUCAGUUUGUUAUCACCUUAAAGAUAGGAUAAAAAAGUACACUACCACCACCCCUCUCUUACCCAAAAAAGUAGAAAGUUGAAAUCGAAACAAAAUGGCAAACAAGAACAAAUUUGGCUCCCUAGAAGCUGCGGCCAAAACUGCCGAACAUUGUUUCCCUGGAUGUAUAACAAUAAUGCCCCAAAUUAUCACCACUACUACAACUACUACUACAUCCUCUCGUUGGUGUCGUCUGGAGAUAAUAUCGCGGUGUGUUUGAGUGCAGAGUCAGAUCGAUAGGACACAGUAAUGAGGCUAGGGAGAGAGUGAGAGAGAAAAGGAGAAAGAGAGAAUCAGCGGCAACCCCCCCUCGGGGAAAAGGGUUGUGUUGUGAUCGUCGUCACGAUGCUGUGAAAAUUCAUACAAAAAAAAAACAGCGUGUUUCGAUGUACGUACGCUUGUGUUCUUCCCGCCAGAAGACAGAAGCGCGUACCGCGAUACCCCAAUUUCAUAAAGUUUUUAGCGCACCUUAAUUGAGUAGUUUUAUGGUUUCAUCCAAUCACACUAUACAGUCAACUCUUGAGCCGAUUCUGUAGAAUGAGCUGAAAAUGACACGUCACCUAAUAAUACUUUUCCAUUUCCAUUUGAGUAUCCUUAAAUUAUUCCAACUGUUCCAUUACGGUGCACCGUGUUGUCACUUUGUUUAAAAAAAAACAGCUAUCAUUUAACAUCGGAGAAAAAGAGCUUACUUUUUACGUAAAAGAUAAAAAAAACCUCGAUCUUUGCCGUUCUUUUCUCUUUCGGCCAUUCAUUAUUUCCCAGGAUUUUCUUUUUUGUUAUUUUUGCAUCCCAAACAGUCUUUUUUAAAGACGCAAACCGUUUUUUUUAAAGAGCACCAAAAUUUUAAAAUCGUUUUUGUUACUUCUGAGCAAAAGUUUCUUCAGAGUAAACCUUAUAGAACGCAUGCAUAUUAUAUAUUGCAACAAAAAUAUGAAUAAAAACAAUGUGUAAUUCACUAAUAAA